AUGGACCCUUAUGCAACGGAAACAGUGGUGGAUGAGGAGAACCACGAAUUGAAACCAUCCGAAGACGUUGAGAACGAUGACGACAAAUCUUCUCAGCCUCAGUCUGGUGGUGGCGUCGAUAGUGCUGGAAAGAUAUUUGUUGGAGGUUUAGCCAGAGAGACAACUUCAGCUGAUUUCGUCAAGCAUUUUGAGAAGUAUGGAGAGAUUACAGAUUCUGUGAUUAUGAAGGAUAGGAAAACUGGACAGCCCCGAGGGUUUGGGUUUGUUACUUAUGCUGAUUUGUCGGUGGUUGACAAGGUUAUGGAGGACAAUCACAUUAUUAACGGGAAGCAGGUUGAGAUUAAGCGGACGAUACCAAGAGGAUCAAUGAGCUCCAACGAGUUCAAAACCAAGAAGAUAUUUGUUGGUGGAAUUCCUUCAACUGUUGAUGAUGAUGAGUUCAAGGAGUUCUUUAUGCAAUUUGGAGAGCUGAAGGAACACCAGAUUAUGCGUGAUCAUGCAACUGGAAGAUCGCGUGGGUUCGGGUUUGUUACAUAUGAAAGUGAAGAUAUGGUUGAUCUCCUCUUGGCAAAAGGCAACAGAAUUGAGCUCUCUGGGACUCAGGUAGAGAUAAAGAAGGCAGAGCCGAAGAAACCAAACUCGGUAACAACCCCUUCAAGGAGGUUUGGUGACUCACGCUCCAACUUCGGCGGAGGCUAUGGAGAUGGUUAUGGUGGAGGGCCUGGCGGUGGAUAUGGUGGUCCAGAUGGUCCUUACAAAUCUGGAGGCGGCUAUGGAGGUGGUCGGUCUGGUGGAUAUGGAGGGUACGGAGGAGAGUUUGGCGGGUAUGGAGGAGGUGGAUAUGGUGGUGGUGUUGGACCUUAUAGAGGAGGAGAGCCUCCACUUGGAUACUCUGGUCGUUAUGGAGGAGGAGGCGGUGGUGGUUACAGCAGGGGAGGUGGUUACGGCAUGGGAGGUGGAGGAGGAGGGUAUGGUGGUGGUGGACCUGGAGAUAUGUAUGGUGGGCCGUACGGUGAGCCAGCAGGAGGUUAUGGGGGACCAAGUGGGGGUUACGGAGGUGGAUACGGUAGUGGUGGGUAUGGUGCUGGGAUGGGUGGAACUGGUGGGGGAGGGUACAGAGGUGGUGGCUAUGACAUGGGUGGUCCUGCAGGCGGAGGAGGUGGUUAUGGAGGAGGAAGUAGAGGUGGAUAUGGAGGUUCGGGACGGUACCAUCCAUAUGGAAGGUAG